AUGCCGGACCCAACAGCGUCACGGUUCACGCCGCAGAACAAGACGACCCAGGAGCGCAUCUCCACAAAUACUGUUGGCCUUGUCGCGCUCUCCGACUUUCGCAAGCGCCGCGCCGAGGUCCUCGAACAGCAGGAGCGCGAGGCGCGCGAUGCCAACACCGCCACGGGGCCCUCGACACCCAUCGACCGCUUGCAGACGGGGACGCCCGGCAACAGCACAGGAGGCGAAGAUGCCGCCAGCGAUUCAGGCAGUGCUGCCGCGAUGCCCAGAACACGGCCGCUGAAAAAGGCCAAGAGGAAGCAGAAGCCGGGCAAGAAGCUACUCUCGUUUGGUGACGACAACGACGAUGAAGAAGAAAACGGCAACGAUAGCGAGGCGACGACGGCGGGCAGAUCCGAGCGCAGCAAGAACCUCAGAGCUGAAGAGCAUGGGGCCGGCGAGGUCAAGGGCGGCAAGAUCAAGGCCAAUGCGUCGGUCGGGCUGGUUCCCAAGUCCGUCACCAAGUCAGCCUUGCGGAAGGAGGCGGCGGAGCGGGAGACCCUGCGGCGCGAGUUCUUGACGAUGCAGGAAGCGGUCAAGGCGACUGAGGUUGCGAUACCGUUCAUCUUUUACGAUGGUGCCAACACACCGGGUGGUACUGUGCGCAUGAAAAAAGGCGAUUUUGUUUGGGUGUUUCUCGACAAGAGCCGCAAAGUGGGCGCCGAGCUCGGUGUCGGCGAGCAGGCCAAUGCGACACGAGCCUGGGCGCGCGUCGGUGUGGACGAUUUGAUGAUUGUCAGAGGCACAGUCAUUAUUCCUCAUCACUAUGACUUUUAUUACUUCGUCAUAAACAAGAGUAUCGGGCCUGGUGGCAAGAGGCUGUUUAACUACAGCGCCGAGCCGCCGGAAAAGCCUGCCGCUGCUCCGGAGCCGUUGACCGGAGGUCUCAUUACUGCGGCCGAGGUCAAGGCGGCCAAGGGCCUGCCAGACAUUGCCACGCUUGAAGGCGCGGAUGAAGAUCCGAUGGAGACAAAGGUGGUCGAUCGUCGGUGGUACGAGCGCAAUAAGCACAUAUAUCCUGCCAGCACUUGGCAAGAUUUCGACCCCGAGAUGGACUAUACGAACCAGGUCCGCAAAGAUGGUGGCGGCAAUACAUUCUUUUAUUCGAAGUGA